AUGUCCGCUUCUAUUAUUGCUCUCUUAGCCACUGAAAAACUUAACAGUGAGAAUUACAAACAAUUGAAAUCGAACCUAAACAUUAUACUUGUAAUAAAUGAUCUUAGGUUCGUCUUGCAAGAGGAACGUCCUUUAGCUCCUGCGCUUGACGCCACUGUGGCGGUGCACAAAUUCUAUGAUCGGUGGAUCAAGGCAAAUGAUAAGGCCGAGGUCUACAUAUUGACGAGCAUAUCUAAUGUGCUUGCUAAGAAGCACGAGAAUAUGGUCACUGCCAAGGAGAUCAUGGACUCGUUGCAGAGCAUGUUUGGACAAUCGUCCUCACAGGCUCAACAUGAAGUCCUUAAGUUCGUCUAUAACUCCUGCAUGAAGGAGGGCUUGUCAGUGCGAGAACACGUUCUCAACCUGAUGAUCCACUUCAACAUGGCGGAGACGAAUGAGGCCAUCAUAGACGAGUAG